AUGUUGGAGAAUGUACAGCUGCUGGACAAAUACAACCUUCGGAACCCAUCAAAGGGCACAUUGUACUUCGCAACAACACACCUAAUCUUUGUGGACCAUGAGAUGAGGAAAGAAACAUGGAUUCUCCUCCCGCACAUAUCAACAGUGGAGCGUUUACCGAUAACAACCACUGGGUCACCACUACUCGUGCGCACCAAGACUUUUCAGUCAGUCUUCUUUGUCAUACCUCGCGAACGUGACUGCCAUGAGAUGCAUCAGACGCUGAUGCGGUUAAGUCAGCCAGUGAACAUAGAAGAGCUGUACUGCUUCAACUACAAGUCGACUCCGGAAGACUUACCAAAGUCAGCGGGUUGGAAUUUCUUCGAUAUACAAACGGAAUACCAAAGAAUGAAUGUUCCUAAUGAGCAUUGGGUGCUGUGCAAUGCUAAUAAGGACUAUGAGCUCUGUGAUACCUACCCAAAUGCUAUAUAUGUACCUGCGCGUGCGUCGAGCACAGUACUCUUGGGUAGUGCGAGCUUUAGAUCACGCGGACGGCUGGCAGUAUUGGCUUAUUUACACCACAAUAAUGCUGCUAUUACGAGGUGCAGCCAGCCGCUUAGUGGGUUUUCAGCUAGAUGCAUGGAAGAUGAGCAAAUGUUAGAUUUGAUUCGGCGAGCGAAUCCAAAUUGUGGAUAUAUGUAUGUAGUGGAUACGCGACCUAGGAUAAAUGCGAUGGUAAAUCGUGCGGCUGGCAAGGGGUAUGAAAACGAAGCGUUUUAUGAAAACAUCAAAUUUCACUUUAUGGGAAUCGGGAAUAUACACGUGAUGCGCAAGAGUUUACAGAAAGUUGUUGAAACUUGUGAACAAAAUACACCAACGAUGUCGUCAUUCUUAAGUGGGUUGGAGUCUUCGGGGUGGCUCAAACAUAUCAAGUCGAUACUAGACACAUCUUGGUGGAUAGCGAAUGCGAUAGAUAGCGGUGUGAGUGUGUGCGUGCACUGUAGCGACGGGUGGGACCGCACGGCGCAAGUGUGCUCGCUGGCUGCUGUUUGCCUCGAACCGCACUACCGGACUAUUAAUGGGUACCAGGCAUUAAUAGAGAAAGACUGGUUAUCCUUCGGUCACAAGUUCACAUCCCGGUGUAGUCACGUGGCAGGAGACCCGAGAGAACGAUCGCCGGUGUUCACGCAAUUGCUGGAUUGUACGUGGCAGCUAUUACGACAAAUUCCUGAGGCUUUCCAAUUCAACGAACGGUUUUUAAUUACUCUACAUGAUCAUGCGCACGCUUGUCAAUAUGGAACCUUUGUUGGGAACUGUGAAAAGGAUAGAAGAGAUCUUAGAUUAUCAGAGCGCACCUUCUCUUUAUGGGGUUACAUGGCGAGUCACCUGAACGAGUACAAGAAUCCUUUAUACAGUCCCAAGGCCCAUCCGGAUAUUUUGAAACCCGACUUGUCUGCCCAAAGUAUCAGGUUCUGGAGCGGUAUGUACUGCCGUCAUGAGAGCGGUGUUCACCCACGGGAGUCCCUUCCCGAUCUCUUACCUGCUGCUGUAGAGCAUUCGGCAGCCCUUCACCAGCAUAUAGACUAUUUAGCUAAGCGAAUAACGACAUUCAAGAAGCUGCUGUCAAGUAAGAAAGACAAGAGCGAGACGUCGGUCAAUUAUCAAAAUGGCAAUUUGGAAACUGUCGAGAUCGAGACGAGGACGGCUGGAAUGCAUAUUGAUAACAAAUUCAUAUACGAGUCAGGCGCCAAUCUGUCAGAAAUGGAGUGCGCAAACCACGAUCAUCCCCUCAAAGAGACUAAACCACAGAAACCCACCAAUAUCCCACUUAUAACUGAAAAGACAGAUGACAUGAUCCCACCGAGUUUGUCAGCGUUGGAGGCAGAAAUAAAUUCAGUUGCCUUAGACUGGAAGAGCAUUAAAAAUGUCACCGAAUGCAGUUGCUCUACGCCCUUGGACCAUUUUAGUAGGAAGCACCACUGUUGGGGCUGCGGCGGGUGCGUGUGUACUCGAUGCGUGUCCCGUGCCCCUUUGCCUGCCCUCGCUGCCCCUGCCCCUGCGCCUCUCUGCGCAGCCUGUGCCCCUCCAACGCCGCACGCCUACAUAAAUCAUCAAGAGCCCAAAAAGUGA